CGGCGCUGGCGUGCAAGGUGGGACCGGCCCCGGAAGGAGGGCCAAGGCCAAGCGGAGGAGUAGGCGGGUGUCAGAGCAGCACGGAAGCCGAGCCGCCGCCGCCACUGCCGCCGGCCGCCAUUACACUCUCAGCUCCAUCAUCGGCCGGGCAGAUUCACUCAGCUCGCCAGCCCACACCGGGAGGGAGGGGGGGGAGAAGACGCGGAGCAUGCUGGGAAACAGCACCCGCCUUGCUCUGGCACCAUCGCUGCCUUGCAGCGCGCACGCGCCGCCCUUGUCUGAAGGGAACGGAGAGGAGAGGAAGGGAGAGGUUUGUGGGAUCUCUGGGUGGGUUUGUUAUCUUUCAAGUUUCCUUCCACCGGUCACAGUCUCUCCUGUUUCCCGUCGGGUUAUUCGCUUUCAAGCAGUCUGGCCACUACUGGCUUGUGCUUUUCAAGUCUACUGUCCAUUUAUGGUUUGGAUAGUGACUGCUUCCCAUCUGUACAGCGCCUGAUACUUCACCCGUCUUAAACGAGUAGUAAUCUCCUUUUCGAAAUCUCAGGAGGAUAAAUAGAGCAGACAACAAAAGAUGAUCAAGUUUUUCUUAAUGGUGAACAAGCAAGGCCAAACAAGACUCUCUCAUUAUUAUGAAUACAUGGGCCUUCAUAAACGAACAAUAUUGGAGACUGAAGUAAUCAAGCAUUGCCUUUCCCGUUCAAAGGAACAAUGUUCCUUCAUUGAAUACAAAGAUUUUAAGCUGGUAUAUAGACAAUAUGCUGCUCUUUUCGUAGUGGUUGGAAUUGAUGAAACUGAGAAUGAAAUGGCUGUGUAUGAACUGAUUCAUAAUUUUGUGGAGGUUUUGGACAAGUAUUUCAGCAGAGUGAGUGAAUUAGAUAUCAUGUUCAAAUUAGAUAGAGUACACAUAAUUUUGGAUGAAAUGGUAUUAAAUGGUUGCAUUGUAGAAACCAAUAAGACCAGAAUUCUUGCACCUCUUCUUGUUCUUGACAAAAUGGCUGAAGGCUAGAACAUACGUACCACUAAAAUAUGUAUUGAUGUAUCAUUCUCUAAACAACAAAUCCCUGACACUAUUGUAAAUGAACUGAACAUAUUUCCCUUCUUAAGGCUGAAAGAGCAUUGAAGUGAACAAGUGCUCAGCCUGUAUUCUCUCACUGUGAAAUAUUUACUUACCUGUAAUGAAAUAUUUCGUGUAUCCUGUAUGAUUCAUGUUGUCUGUAAUCCAGGAAAGAAAGAAAAAUCUUAUAUACUA